UCAGAAUAUAAAAAAUGGGUCAAAUAAUACGUAUAUGACUUUGAUUCGUUAAACGUUUUUGUGGAAUACUAGUGUGGCUCUCAUGGAGGGCUUGGGUCCUUUGUCCCGGAUCAUCUCGGCCACCGGGAGCACUGUUGGACCACACGGUGUGCGCUGUCGCGUCACUGGAGACCACCGACGCGCUCAGCUUGGCACAGUGCAGUAGCGUCUCGCUCCGGGUGAACAGGGAGGCAAAUUGACACUUUUGAUGGUGUGCUAACCACCACAUGCCCACAUGACAACGCCAUGGUGGUGGUGUCGAUGAAACGGAAUGGAGUCACGCGCGGUGGACCAUGAAUGACAGGUACCACAAGGCGGCCAGGGACGGCUACCUGGACCUGCUGAAGGAGGCGACCAGGAAGGAUCUCAACGCACCGGACGAGGAUGGCAUGACACCGACGCUAUGGGCUGCUUAUCACGGCAACCUGGAAGCUCUGCGGCUGAUUGUGGCCAGGGGAGGAGACCCAGACAAGUGUGACAUAUGGGGGAACACGCCUCUACACCUGGCAGCUGCCAAUGGUCACCUCAACUGCCUUUUCUUCCUGGUGUCUUUUGGAGCCAACAUAUGGUGCCUGGACAAUGAUUACCACACACCUCUGGACAUGGCUGCCACAAAGAAUCACAUGGAUUGUGUCCGCUACCUGGAUUCCAUCGCUGCCAAGCAGACGGCUCUCAAUCCCAAGCUGGUCAGCAAGUUGAAAAACCGGGCGUUUGGCGAUGCUGAGCGGCGAAUCAAACAGUGUGUGAAGAUGCAGAAGAAACACCACAAACGAAUGGAGCGAAAGUUUCAUAAAGAGGCCUCUGAGGCUUCCGCUUCAGAUGUCAUGAGCUUUUCCAGCUAUACCAGCAGCUCCAUAAGCCACAAGCUACGCAACUUUAACACAGCCACUGUCAGUGUGCCAUAUUCUCAGGCAACUCUCCAUGCCACAAACCGAGGAAAAACAAAGAUCCAGAAGAAGCUGGAGAAAAGGAAGCAAGGAGAUGGCACUUUUAAAAUCUACGAAGAUGGAAGAAAGAGUGUGCGCUCUCUUUCUGGACUUCAGCUGGGUAAUGAUGUCAUGUUUGUCAAACAAGGGACGUACAUCAACUCAAAAGAACGUGGCCGCCGCAAUGUUCGCGAUAUGUUUCCAAGAGACAAUGAUGAUGCCAUUUCACGUGCCAUGAGUGAGCCAGACCUCCACGGCCCAGAUGUGGACUACUCUGAGAUCAGUACCGACUCUGGACAUGAUUCCCUGUUCAACCGACCUGGUCUCGGCACAAUGGUCUUUAGGAGGAACUAUGUGAGUGGGGGCAUGUUUGACCUUGGCGGUCGUGAUGCAGCUAGUGUGUCCCAGUCAGGCAAUAAUGUGCGUUUACGUAGUCGGCUGCAGCAAUAUCCAAGUAUGGAUGAAGACAGUAUUGGGAGUGCACACAGCCUGCAGGAGAGGAAUGUGGAAGAGCUGCCCUGGGAAGAAAUCGAACUGGGGCUGGAUGAUGAUGAUGAGCCUGGUACAAGCCCUCUGGAGGUCUUUCUUGCUACACAAAGCAUGAGCGAGUUUAAUUCCAUCUUCAAGAGGGAGAAGAUUGACCUAGCAGCACUGUUGUUGUGCUCUGACCAUGAUUUAAAGAGUAUCCAUAUUCCUUUAGGACCAAGGAAAAAGAUAUUAGAUGCUUGUAAGAGACGGCUCGAGACCAUAGAGGACCCUGACUGCAUCGAGGACACAGAACUAUAAUCAAAGUCAUGCAUUGCCAUCCUGCUGUGUGCUCAUCGGGGCGCUAAUGGUCAGUGGAGUGUUGUGGGACGUUGGCCAAGUGAGUGAAUGUCACCAAUGAGCUGAGAGGACUUAAUGAUUUACUUCUCCUCGUAACUCUGUGGCAGUCGAGCAGAAGAGGCAUUGUCACAAUGAAUAUGUCAAGCUAAAGGAUAUAAGGGUGAGAUAAAUUCCUUAAAUGAUUCAUUUACAGUUUUUUUUUGCUCAGAGAGAUCACAGAAGUGAUUUUUAUGUGUCGGAUGGAUGACCGGAGUCUUCUGCACGGCAUGGUUUCACAAACUGAAAGACAGUCAUCAGAGUGCAGCAAUGUGUUGCAUUGUUGAAUUAUCUUACAAAGAGCUGAUUGUAGGGUCCCUGUUACUGAACAUGUUUUCCCCUGUGGGGUAAAUUUUACCAUCUCAUGUGCCUGCAAUGCUUGUGCCUGUGCAUUUGCUUAAAUGUGAUCUUUAUACCUUUACACUGACUUUGUUAUUAGGAGCAAUAUGAUCAAGAGUUGUAUUUAAUUAUGUUUCAUUACUGUGUAUGUUUACUUACAAGAAGCCAUGCCCAUCUAAAUGUGGCUCACAAGUAAUGAAAAGCCAAUUGUACAAUGAAAUUGCUCUAAUUUACUGUAAUGUUUUAUACUAUGUGAAUAGACAGUAUUUUCUGUUGCAGUUUUUUUUUUGUUUGUUUUUAUUACACAACCUAACAACACAUUAAGAUCACACUAAGGUACUUAUUAGCCUUUGUAUGCCACUCAUGUCAGUCUUCCAGCAAUCUGUACCUUUCUUUUUCUAAUAAUUUACAGCUGCCCAGAAGCUAGAUUUACUGGAAAUAAAGGUAGUCUUUCCAAGGCU